UUUGGAAUUGAGAAUCAAUAAUCUACUUCAGCUGUCAAUAUUCAGUUUUUAUUCAGUACCCAUUAGUCCAAAGAUGCCCAGUCCACCAACAAUGUGCUUAUUCAGUUUAACUAGAACAAUUUCACCACCAUCUCACUCCCCUUCGCUGCCUCUUCUUUUCUCUUCCCCUUCCAUAUCUUCCCAUCUUACUAUUUCUUCCACCAGAAGGAAGAGUUCAGUGUUAAGUGUGAGAAAUCUUUGUUACAAGAGUGAAUUAAAGACGAGUGAAGUGAUGGAACAAAGUAAAGAGAAAGUUGAGCUCAAUCGCAAUCUUUAUCCACCUAUAGAGCCAUAUGAUACUGGGUUUUUGAAGGUUUCGGAUCUUCAUACUCUUUAUUAUGAACAGUCUGGAAAUCCUAGUGGCCAUCCAGUUGUCUUUCUUCAUGGAGGCCCAGGAGGAGGAACUGCACCAAGUAAUCGUAGAUUCUUUGAUCCAGAAUUUUACCGAAUCAUUCUAUUUGAUCAGAGAGGUGCAGGAAAGAGUACGCCUCAUGCUUGCUUAGUGGACAACACCACUUGGGACCUCAUCUCUGACAUUGAAAAGCUAAGAGAAUACUUGCAAAUUCCAGAAUGGCAGGUAUUUGGUGGUUCGUGGGGAAGUACUCUGGCCCUUGCAUAUAGCCAAGCUCACCCUAACAAGGUUACUGGAUUGGUCCUCAGAGGGAUCUUUCUUUUAAGAAAGAAAGAGAUUGAUUGGUUUUACGAGGGUGCUGCUGCUGCUAUAUACCCAGAUGCUUGGGAGCCAUUUAGAGAUCUUAUCCCAGAAAAUGAAAGGGGAUGUUUCCUUGAUGCUUACAGCAAGAGGUUGAACUCUGAUGAUAUGGAAACACAAUUUGCAGCUGCAAGAGCAUGGACCAAAUGGGAAAUGAUGACUGCCCAUCUUCUGCCAAAUGAAGAGAACAUCAAGAGAGGGGAUGAUGAUAAUUUUUCGUUGGCUUUUGCAAGAAUUGAAAACCACUACUUUGUUAACAAGGGCUUUUUUCCUUCAGAUUCUUUCCUAUUGGACAAUGUUGAUAAAAUAAGGCAUAUACAUGCUACAAUUGUACAGGGAAGAUACGAUGUUUGUUGUCCUAUGAUGUCUGCUUGGGAUCUUCACAAGGCAUGGCCCGAGGCAGAUUUAAAGGUGGUUGCAGAUGCAGGACAUUCUGCUAAUGAACCAGGCAUAGCUGCAGAACUUGUAGCUGCAAAUGAGAAGCUUAAAAACAUCAUCAAGAACGGAUCCUGAACAGGAGUAGGUGAAACCGAGCUGUGAGAAUCGGAUCCUGCUACAGAUUCUUGGGGCAUAACAUAACAUAAGAGAAGAAGCAUAAAUUUGAAGUAGGGUUGAACAUGAUAUACUGGAAAAUAAUGGGGAUCUGUAUUUGAUUAUCUGAGCCAUUGCUGCUGCAUGGGCAGUCCUCCUCUAUCAGAAGGGUGGUGAAUAUUGUGGUUUGUAUUGGAUUGCAGGUUUCACAGAAUUUUUACUAAGCCACCUUCUGUGCUUUCUCAAA